AUGCCAGAGGGUCCCUCUGUGAGGAAGUUCCAUCUGCUGACCUCCCCUUUUGUGGGACAAGUGGUGACCAAGGUGGGGGGAAGCAGCCGUAAGAUCGAUGUGAAUGACUUGAAUGCCCUAAGGCUCCAGGACUCCCAGGUUCAUGGGAAGAUCUUGUACCUGGCAUUUGUGGCAGCUGGAAAUCCCUUAGGACCAACUGCGGAAGAGAUGGUGCUACAAAGAGAAACUGCUAGUGGAGCAAGUUCUUCUGCCCUGGGAGAGCAAGAGCAAGUUUGUGCUUCAGAAACACAUCCCCAGGAUGAGGAGCUGCUGGAACUUCAGCACUCGAGAUCUGAACCUCCAGAUGCAGCAGAGGGCCCAGGCAACUGGCUGCGUUUCCGCUUUGGCUUGUUUGGCAGUGUUAGAGCAAACGAGUUCUCAAGGGCAAACAAAGCCAAUAAGAGGGGGGACUGGAAGGAUCCUGUACCCAGGCUGGUUCUGCACUUUGAGCAUGGAGGGUUUCUAGUUUUCUACAACUGCCAGAUGCACUGGUGCUCCUCUCCAAGGGCUGAUCCUGCCUCCGACAUCCUGUCUGUGGAGUUCCACCGGGGCCGGGCACUGGAUGCCCUCUGCACACCUGAGCCCAUCUGCUACACCCUCUUAAACCAAAGAUAUUUCUCUGGUCUGGGAAACAUCAUUAAGAAUGAGAUCUUGUACCUGGCCAAGAUCCACCCAUUAACACAAGGCUCUUUCUUGGCCCCCUCGGACCUGGAGCGUCUGCUCGACUGUGCGGUUCAGUUCAGCUCAGCCUGGCUGCACAGCAAGCUGCGUGGCCAAGGGCUGCACCCUCGGGUCUACCAGAAGGAGCAGUGUCCCCUGGGGCAUGCAGUGAUGAAAGGAACCCUUGGGCCUUCAGGUGGCUUAAAGAGGCUUACGUGGUGGUGUCCUCAGUGCCAGCCUGCAGUACUGCCGGGGAAUGGGGAUCAUUCCCCGCUCACUGAGUGA